AUGGCGCCGAAGAAGACGCCGAAGGGCAAGUCGGGCUUCUUCGGCAUGAGGCAGAAGCCGUCCGGUAACUGGGGUGCGGAGUUCUUCGACGCCGGAAGGCAUUGGUGGAUCGGCACGUACCCGUCCGCGCACGAGGCUGCACAUGCCUACGACAUGGCGGUGUGGCAUGCCGAGAGGGCUCGGUCGCACCUUAACUUCCCAGAGAUCGAGAGUCGGGCGGAAGCGGAGAUGCUUGUGCCGCAGGGCAUCAACAUGAAGGAGAUCACGACGAAGAAGAAGAAGACCAAGAAGACGAAGAAGCUGCCGGUUGUCGUCAGUGCUGGCGAGACCGACGAGGAGGUGAUGGCAAGUUUUGCUCGGGAGCAUCCGGAGUACGUCCAGGCCGAGCUGGAGUACUAUUGAAAGUGUUAGGCGAAGCAGAAGAAGAAUGGGCCGAAGAAGGAGGACAAUGUCGGUCCCUCGACGGUGAUCCCUAUCGAGUCCUCUUCCGAGGAGGACUGGGCAGACUUCUCGGUCGAGGAGGAGGAGGAUGGGUGCGAUGAACCGACGAAGGAGGAGUUCUGGGCGCAGUUCCGCAGCCCUCACGAUGAGGAGUAG